GACGGCGACGUCCCUGUUGGCGUUGCCGCCGCCGCCGCCAGCAGCCAAACCGGCGUGGGCCCUGGACUGUACUGCGCGACGUUUACCGUACACUUCCCCGUACCGGGCACGUACUACAUCGCGAGCUGUUAUCCGUACACGUAUACGGACCUGCAAGAGCACCUGGACGGUCUUCAACGCCGUCUUGCAUACGAGGCUUUCACCGGCAGCAGCAACGGUACCAACGGCUUAGGCCCGGCGCAUCUUCCUCCUUACGCUUCCUCCUCCUUUCCCGUACCGCCAUCCGCAAUGCUUCCCUCGGCAGCGGCAGCAGCUGGCAUUCCACCAUCACCAGCGCACUUACUGCCGCCCCCACCGCCCUCCUCCUCCUCUUCUUCCUCUCUGGCCUCCGCCUCCCUCGCAUCUCUACCCCAAUCCUCAAGCUCCACUGCUUCCGGCGCCUCUUCAUCUUCCUUCUCCUACUCCUCCGCCGCUUCGUCCUCCUUCUCCAUACAGCAACACCAACCCCCCCAGCAGCCAUUUCCCCCUCCACAACCCGGACCCCCCAGAAUCUCAACCGGUGGUGCUGCCAACGGUACCAACGGUAACACUAACACUAGCACUAACGGUCCGCCACCGUUGGUUCGUUCGCUGUUGUGUUACUCGCUGGGCGGGCUGCGUUGCGAUUUGAUCACCAUCACGGACUGGAGCUCCCCGCUGGAGGCUGUACGACAGCGGGAGUGCAUCUUCAUCACGGCGCGGGUGCAUGCGGGGGAGACGUGCGCGAGCUGGCUGAUGCAGGGUAUCCUGGACUUCCUGGUGUCCUCCGACCCCGCCGCCGCCACGCUGCGCAACUCCUUCGUCUUCAAGCUGGUGCCCAUGCUGAACCCUGAUGGCGUGGUGGCGGGCAACUACCGCUGCAACCUGGCGGGGGUGGAUCUGAACAGGUUGUGGGACCGGCCCGCGCGCCACCUGCACCCCACCAUCUACCACUCCAAGCGGCUGCUGCAGCAGCUGGCAGCAGCGGGGCGGCUGGCGCUGUACAUCGACCUGCACGGACACUCCACCAAGCAGGACACCUUCUUCUACGGCUGCGAGCCCACUGCUGCCGUGCUGCAAGCCCACGCCGGAGCAGGCGGCGGAGGUACGCGUGCUGCCACUGCCGCAGCAGCAGCGCAACAGCCUACUGCCUACGCGCGGGCUGCCGCCGCUGCUAACGGUACGGCAGACGCCGACGGUGGCGCGCCAGCGUCGUCUUCUGGCAUGCCAUCAAUGUCGCCGUCGUCGUCGGCGGCGGCGCCGCCUCAAUCCACGGGCGGCGCUAGCGGCGGCAGCAACCCGUUUCCAGGCGGCCUGGGUGUGCAGGGAGUUGGCUACAGCGCCAGCAGCGGGGGAUCAGCUUCCCAGCAGCAACAACAGCAAUCCUCCGGCGCCGCAGCGGCGGCGGCGGCGGCAGGCAGUGCGGCAACGUCGGCUGGCGGGCCGGCGGUGGCUCCCCCGCCGCCAGCGGCUGGCCCCAAUCCGCGUGUCGCCGCGCGGUUGCGAGUACGGAUGCUGCCGUACCUGACCGCCCGAAUCUCCUCGGAUUUCAGUUUCCCCAAGUGCAAUUUCAAGAUCCGAAAGGCCAAGCUGUCCGCUGCACGUGUCGUCGUACACCGGGAGUUGGGGGUUGCCGGGUCGUACACGCUGGAGGCGAGUCUGGCGGGCAGUAGCAGCGGCAUGCACUUCGGCGCGCGGGACUACCUGGCUAUGGGGCACAGCUUGUGCAGGGCCAUCUGCGAGCUGGCCGAGGUGGACGACACGGCGCUGCUGGAGGAGAUGAACGCGCGGGUGGUGCUGGGGCCCCUGUGAGGGAGGCGGGGAGGGAGGAGAAAGCAAGGGAGGGAGGGGGUCGUGAGAAAGACAUCUGGCCGCUGUGUGGAUGCGGGGGCAGGCGGCAGAGAGGGACAUGUGGGACGGGGGCACAUGUGUGUGGGGUUGGGAGCAAGGUGCGUCAUCACCUCACAGUACCCCCGGAGUGCUGCGGAGUGGGGGGCUCUGUGGUUCCCGUACGUCGCUGCGGCCGUUGUGGGGUUGAGUGGGCGGAUGCGAGGUUGGGAGGUUGAGGGGGGAGUGGGGCUGCAUGGCCGCGGUGGG